UCUGUCACAUAAACCUUGCCUUGUGCACAGCUGUUUGGCUAUCGACCAGAAUUAAUGCGGAGUAUUUUUGUGUAUACAAACUGACAAUAUUUGGAUAGACAGCAUAAAGCGUUUUAUCGGAGGAGAUACAGAGAUGAUGCUGUGCAGCCUGAUAGCCACUCUUGCUUUCUCACCUACACACUAAAGGCUCUGGACUGACAUCUCAACAUAAAUACUGCUCAAAUAGUGGAUGUGUUGCAUUGGCUGUGAUCUCCCCCUAUUCGUGCUUAUAGAUCUUCGUCCUGAUAAGGAUCAGCAAGCUGUACAGAUAAAGGCUUUUUGAGUGGUGGGCAGUAUUUAAUAUGUACCCACCGCAGAGGAAGGACUUUGUCUCUUUGACACUGGGAGACCAGCAUAGCUACACCAACGGCAAGCACCGCAGACAGUCCUGCUGGAGGAAAUGGAAGCAGCUGUCUCGACUUCAGCGCAGUCUCGUUCUUUUCCUGCUGGCCUUCCUCUUCAUCUGUGGGAUUCUGUCGUACCCCAGUCUUAUGGAGCAGUGGAGAGGUUUCUCUGAUAGAUCAGUGAAGGAGUACUGGGUAGAUAUGGAUAACAGAGGUCUCAGGCCCAUCCCGCCUGGGCUCGUCCCAAAACUCCCAGUGGUGCCUGUCCCUGAGGUCAUCCAGGAUAUCCCACUGGAAGUACUGCCGGAGCUUCAAAGACCAAGUGUUCCAAUCCUCCCCAAACCUCCAGCCAUGAGGAAGCCCCCCAGCAAACGUGGCCCUCCAGCCCUACAGAAGCGAGGGAACGUGACAGACUGGCAGGUGAAAGACAAAGAAGAGCCUGUGGCCAAGAAAGACGAAGAGGAAGGAAAAGAAGCGAAAACAGUUAUUAGCUGGCGUGGGGCGAUGAUAGAGGAAGAGCAGGGGACAGAGCUUCAGCCCACUGCUCAUGGAAAAGAGGCAGAAACACCAGCUGAUUCCGAGGGGGCUACCCCAAAACCAGUUACAGUUAAAAAUGUGGAUCGUGUAGAGGCAGUGCGAGAGGCUUUCAGGCAUGCGUGGAAAGGCUAUAAGGCAUUUGCAUGGGGUCAUGAUGAACUGAAGCCCAUCUCUAAGACUCAUGGAGAGUGGUUCGGCUUGGGUCUCACUCUGAUAGACGCACUGGACACUAUGUGGAUACUGGGCCUGAAGGACGAGUUUGAAGAAGCAAGAAAAUGGGUCGAGACAGAAUUAUCCUUUUCCAAGAAUGUGGAUGUAAAUCUUUUUGAAAGUACCAUCCGUAUUUUAGGGGGUCUCUUGAGCACAUACAACCUGACUGGUGACACUCUGUUUCUGGACAAAGCUAAAGACAUUGGCUCCAGAUUAAUGCCUGCCUUUAAGACCCCAUCAAAAAUCCCCUUCUCUGACGUGAACAUUGGUAAAGGAACGGCUCACCCUCCACGCUGGACCACAGACAGCACUGUCGCAGAAGUGACCAGCAUUCAGCUUGAAUUCAGAGAGCUCAGCAGACUUACUCAUGACCCACAGUACCAGACAGCAGUGGAGGAGGUGACAAGACAGGUACACAAGUUGGAAGGAAAGCAUGAUGGUCUGGUGCCCAUGUUCAUCAACACCAACAGUGGGAAGUUCACACGUCGAGGGGCCUUCACGCUGGGGGCCCGUGCCGACAGUUACUAUGAGUACCUGCUGAAACAGUGGCUACAGGGUGGCAAGAAAGAGACUGAGCUGCUCGAGGACUAUAUUCAGGCUAUAGAGGGUGUCAAAAAGAAUCUCUUGAGACAAACGUCUCUUAGUAAACUGACCUUCAUAGGGGAGCUUUCCAAUGGCCGUCUCAGCCCCAAGAUGGAUCAUUUAGUGUGUUUUCUGCCUGGCACGCUGGCUCUCGGUGCUCAUAACGGUCUGCCUGCUGAUCACAUGGAUCUGGCCCUGCAGUUGAUUGAGACUUGUCAUCAGAUGUAUGUGCAGAUGGAGACAGGCUUAAGCCCUGAGAUCGCUCACUUUAACUUGCAGUACCACAACGGACGAGAUAUAGAUGUAAAGCCUGCAGACAGACACAACUUACUAAGGCCCGAGACUGUGGAGAGUCUAUUCUACAUGUACAGAUUCACCAAGGACAGCAAAUACAGGGACUGGGGCUGGGACAUCCUGCAGAGUUUUAACAAGCACACUAGAGUCCCCAGUGGGGGCUACACCUCCAUAGGUAACGUCCGCGACCCAUUGAACCCCGCACCUAGAGAUAAGAUGGAGAGCUUCUUCCUUGGAGAGACGUUGAAGUAUCUCUUCCUCCUGUUCUCUGAUGACAGAGAGUUGAUCAGUCUGGACAAGUAUGUGUUUAACACUGAGGCCCAUCCACUCCCUAUAUGGCCCUCUACAUCCUGACGAGAGAGACUGGACUCAUAAUGGUCUUGAUGAAGACCUUAACAAGGAAUGAUGCUAGUUUGCAAAGAGAGAGACUCCACUGAGGUUUUGUAUUAGAAGCUCUGCGGAGUUUAUUCUGUUGUGAAUAGACGUGGUGAGUUAUGAACUGACCUUUAACUGUCCACUGAGAUUUUUUAGAAAAUGGUGAGACUUUUUUUCUCAUCUAGAGGGGUUGCACAAGAACAGAUUUGGUGGCGGUGUCACUGACUUUUGGUGGAGAAAAGCUCGGGGUGUCAAGAAAUCAUGUUCUUUAAAGACAACUUGAAUAAUCUCAAACAGUUUGUCAAUAUUCAUUUUCCACUUUGUACAAGAAUUCACUUAUUUAUGAACUCACGGGACGACUGCAAAGAUACUUUUGCAUGUUGGACAAGUUAUUCAGAUUCUCAAAACACUUGGAGGAUGCAUCAGUUUUAGAGGUCUUAUCUUCCAUAUAUGGGACGGAAACAUAAGCGUCACAGCUUCGUAUCACAAUGCAGAUUGCUGAAUUCACACAUUUCACAGUGAAAAAUGCCAAGCAUUUUGUAAAAUGAAGACUUUUAUUUAAUUUUACAUUUAGCUUUCUGUAUGAGUAGAUGGAUGCUCUUGAUUCAAAUGCCUUGCUUUUAUGUUUGCAAGCUGUUAUGAAGGGACACUGUAAAUCAAUUUCUGUUGCCCUUUUGCAAGAGACAAGAUGCAUUUGGGACCGGUUUGAGCUCUUCUAGUUCUUCUAUGGAUGUAUUUGUGUUUUUGUGGCUUGUUUGAAGACCUGCGGGAUUGUGUAUUUUUCUGUUAUUUAAGUUAACUUUAGUGAAAGUUCUGAAGACUACCUGAAGCUUUGCUUGAAUUGCUGUGUUGUAGAUUUGUCAUCAUCAACAGAUUUUGGAGGCUGUUUCACAGCACUGGAUGCUCUGACGCUGCAUUUAGUUCAAACUGAGAUUAAAUGUGUAUAUAUGUUCUUGUCCUAAUUCAAAUUUCACAAAUUAUUAAAAGCUCAACUAAUUGAAAAUGUUGCUUGAAUGAUAAACUUCCAGAUGUCAUAUCAGAGCAUAGUGUUGAUCUAUAUCCACACACUGCCAUCUGUUGCAAAAAUGUAAGACGAUUGUAAAAAGGUUUGCAGAUUUUGAGUUGUAUGACAAAUGGUUAUUUUUUUGAGUGGUCAGACUUUUUGGUAACAUUUUACAGUAAGGUUAAAGGUUAAGAUUAACAAUGAAUAAUACUGAACAAUACUUUAAGAGCAUGUUUUAAUCUUAGUUCAUGCUUAUUUCUACAUGUGCUAUUACAUUUUUAACAUUCAAAGUUGUAUACAUUAACAUUAGUUAAAGGAAUAGUUCACCCCAAACUGAAAAUAAUCAUCAUUUACUCACCCUCAUCCCAUCCCAGAUGUGUAUGACUUUCUUUCAUCUGCUUGACACAAAAGAAGAAUUUUAGUAGAAGUUUUCUGCUCUUUUGGUCCAUACAAUGCAAGUGAAUGGGUGCCAACAUUUUUAUGCACCAAAAAGACAAUAAAAGCAUCAUAAAAGUAUUACAUAUGACUCCAGUGGUUUAAUCCAUAUUUUCAGAAGUGAUAUGAUUGGUGUGGGUGAGAAAAAUAUAAAUAUUUAAGUAAUUUUUUUCUUGAAAUUCUUCUCUGUGCCCAGUAGGGGGCGAUAUGCAUGAAGCCCGUGAAUCACCAAAAAUACAAGAAGAAUGUACAAGUGAUCUGUUUCACACCCACACCUAUCAUAUCGCUUCUGAAGAUAUUGAUGUAACCACUCUAGUCUUAUGGAUUGUUUUUGCGCUGACUUAUAUGAUUUUUGGAGCUUAAAAAUGUUGGCACCCAUUCAUUUGCAUUAUAUAGACCUACAGAGCUGAGAAAUUCUUCUAAAAAUCUUCAUUUAGAAAGUCAUACACAUCUGUGAUGGCAUGAGGGUGAGUAAAUGAUGAGAGAAUUUUCAUUUUCGGGUGAACUAUCACUUUAAUGCACAAUGAACUACUAAAAUAAACUAAUAAUGAACAAUAGUGUAUUUUAUAAAUUAACAUUAACCAGGAUUAAUAAAUACUGUUUAAAAAAAAAAGUAUUGUAGUUUGGUUAGUUCAUAUAAUGUACCUAAUGCAUUUACUAAUGUUAACAAAACCUUAUUGUAAAGUUUCACCAAUGUUUUAUUUUCCAAUAAGAAAACGGCACUUGGAAACUAUUUUCUUGUCAAUUGUCUGCCACCUAGACAAGUUGAGUUUAUUUGUGCUGUAAUUUUUGUGUUGCUCCUAUCAUUUCAACUGUCUGGCCAAACAACAGUUAUCCAAGCAUGAUAUUCGAACCUUCUAAAUCUGUCAGACUAGAGCAAAAUGAUCCUUCAGCUGAAACAAUUCAUUUUCAGGGUGAUUGACAUUUGCAUUACAAUAUGUCUGUUCCAUGACACAACCCUCUUGCAGCUUUUAUUGAUAUGUUGUAAGAAUCUGCAUCACUUGUGCCUUUCGAUUUACAGGAAUCUGGAAUGAUCAGUGUGGUAAUGACAUAUUUCUGACUGAUUGCUUCUCUCGGCACUUUGCUGCAAUCAGCAGUUUGUGAUUACCGCUUGUGCUCGCUAGCAAGUGUUAAAUGAAGGAGCCCAGAGUGGGCACAGAUCUUAUGAGGGUUUGUGAUGGUCAAUGUGUGUUACAUUUAUUAAUAUCCAAGACAAUUGUAUUUAAAACAUUUUGAUAACAUAGAUGCUACCAAACAGGAGCAGGUCUCUGGGCUUGUUGACAUUUGUUAAGUAAAAAAGAUGCUGAUGAUAUGUAAAUGUAAUAAGUUAAGGAAUUAUUAAUAGCAAUUGGAAUUCAUUUGGUUUUGGUUUGAUGGGGGAUGGGGUGGGGGGCUUUAAUUGUGUUGUAUUUUAUUGUUAGAAUAUAUAGUUGUGCUGGGAAAAAAAGGAAAAUGAAGUCACAGGCUUAUCACGCUUAAAUCCAAAUGCUUUUGAGAUUUGAUAUUACCCAAUGAGUUACAUGCUAUGAAAAAGAACAACAUCGGCUUGUCAAAUGUGUGUGCUGACCUGCCUGCAUCCUUUAUGGAAGUAGACCAGAAAUGUAUAUUUUACUGUAUCUGACUUAAAGGUAUAGUUUGCCCCAAAAUGAAAGUUGUGUCAUCAUUUACACACCCUCAUGUUGUUCCAAACCAGUAUGCUUUUCUGUCUUCUGUGGAACACAAAAAUAGAUGUUAGGAAUGUUAGCCUCGUUCAUCAUUCACUUUUACUCUCUUUUUUCUUUACAUUGAAAUUGAAUGGUGAUUGAGCCUGUCAGUCCAUAAAAUUCUGCCUUUUGUGUUGCAUGUAAGAAAUAUGGGGUCAAUUGUUUUUAAAAUUAAAUUACAAUAAAUUAUGACAAUUUUCAUUUUCAGGUGAACUAUUGCUUUAAAUCCCUCAUUCCAUCAUUGUAAAUAGUCUACUGAUUAAAUCCCAUGUCUUGCUGUUGUGGGGUUGCUAUAAGCUCUACAGUAUGUUUAUUUUGUAUUUGCACUUUACAGUUACACUUCAUAUACAGUAGUAACUACUUUUCUGUACAUUCUUAUUGGUUUAACAGCGUUCACUAUGUCACCAAAUAAAAUAAAGUGGA